AUGGAUGAUAUACAUGAUCCUGAAUCCGACACGGAUGAGAACUGCGAUCAUGAAUGUGAAGCUAUCAUGGCUUCGACAUCAUCCCAGUCGUAUACAAUCUGGGCACUCCAUCCGCCUUACUUAGGGGAGUUGGUGGAGUCCGAUGGAGCGGCGCCAAACAAUGAAGCAAAGGAGCAGGCAAAUGAGCAGGCAAAGCAGCAGGCACGUACCCGUCUGAACGCACUAUACGAAUCCAAGAUGCCCUUUUUCACCAAGAAGGCAUUUCAAGGACUCUUGGACGAUCUGAAGAGUAAGAACACCGCGGGCGAUAUCAUCACCAUCAAGGACCUGACCGGGGCUCCCGUCAGAUGGAAGGUGAGAGUGGGGAUGUUUGUUUGGCUUUAUAGCGGGGACUCUGAAGUAAAGACAAAAUCUUUCUACAAAGGCAUCGGGGUAAAUUAUAGAUCCAGAACAGCCCUUGAACGUGACUUAGACACAUCUUACCGAAUUGAGGACUCAGUUUUCUCCCCCUUGCGCUUGAUGCACCGGGUAGAAGAAGAUGACAGCAGCAAGGAAAUACUCGAUGACGAAGCUAUCAUCCGGGUCAUUGAAGAUUUUCGAGAGAAAAGUCUGGCCUGGGAAGAAAGCGAGGCAUGCAAGAAUUUCAAAUCGAUUUUGUCUUCAUUUGCCGGCGGCCAUGAUAUCAACAAGAUCGUCGGACUCGCCUGCGGUAGCCUAGCCCUGCCACAAAACGACCAUGCUGCUUUCCAGACCGCGAUGCUAGUCACUGUGAGGAGCUGGCUGAAAGAGCGAGACCAGAACAAGGAUGUCCCCUGUUACAUCCAGGACCCCAUGAACACCCCGAUCGAUCAGAAGGUUCUCGCAGGGAUCAAAUUUGAGAUGAUUGAUGAUCCGCGCGGCUGGCUUGAGGUUGAUGAGUGCUCGGUUGUGCUCUCGGUGGCGCCCAAUGUGCCUGUUAAGGAAAUAAUCGCGGACACCGCUAGACCUGCCGUCUUGAUAUGGUAUCGUGUUGAAAAUGAGGAGCAACAAAACGCGACUGACCCUGAUUCAGCUCCGGUUAGGGAAAUGAUGGAAGGUUAUGAUUUGCAUGAGUUUUCAGUUGCCGUUAUUGGAGCUGGAAUCUUUGGCCUUUCGCUGGCCAUUGCACUGCGAGACAGAAAUUACGAUGUCAACGUGUUUGAUCGGAGCGAGUACGAUGUCAAUGGAUACGACCCCGCAGCCUUCGAUGUGCAAGCUGCAUCCGCCGACCACAACAAAAUAUUCCGUGCUUCAUAUGGAAAAGAGAUUCACUACCAGCGUCUGGCACUGGAGAGCCGGAAGGCAUGGGUAUCAGAAGACGAAAAGCGCGGAUUCUCUGAAAAUGGUGACACAGACGACGAACGGCUCUUCGUGAACAAUGGAAUGCUUCGUAUACAACCUUCAGAUCAACUAGCAACGCUGGAAAAAGAGACAUUGGCUAAUUUGCAGCGUGAUGGUCUGCGAGACACCCAGUUCGUUGAGAGUGACCCCACGGACUGCGAACGUGCAGAGGAACUCGGGUGGAAAGAUAAGUUACUCAAUUUCCAGAUGCCAGACUCUCUCGACAAGUCCUAUGCAGCAGUAUUGGACUCUUUGGCUGGAUUUGUGAGAUGCAGCAACGCGUGUGCCCACUACCAAAAAGUGGCAGCUGACAAGGGUGUCAAGUUUCAUUUUGGAUUAGAAGACGGAACUGUUGAGGCGUUGAUCAAAGUCGCAAGCAGUGUUGAGCCCAACAAAGAGAAAAUCACAGGACUAAAAACGAAGAAUGGAACAAUUUAUCACGCUGAUACUGUUGUCGUCGCCGCUGGAUCAUUCUCGACACAAAUCCUCCCCGACCUAAGCUAUCAUAUCGAGUCAUCUGCGGGUAGCCUUGCGACUUUCAAGAUUGACAAGAGCAAUGCCGAGCUAUGGGAAAAGUACUCACCGGAACGGUUCCCCGUAAUGACCUGGAAAAGCAUCUCACGGGAUAGUUCUGGCAAGGACACUGGAAGUAUCUAUGUCCUACCUAGAACUCCCGAAGGUCUUGUGAAAAUUGGAUUCCGCGGAAUCAAAUGGACCAACUUUCAGCCAGCACCCCCGGAUGCUUCUUUCGCACAAGAUGGCCAGUGGUCGGUACCUCUGCCAGUGGAAGAGUGUACAGUCAUACCAGACCCUGCUUUUCGCGCAGUGAAGCAGUUCGUGUCUAUAUUUAUGCCUGAGUUCAAGAAUACCCCGUUCUUUUCUACAAAGCUCUGCUGGUAUACCGACUCGCUCGACAAUUCCUUCGUGAUCGACCAUGUACCAACCUAUGCCGAAAAUUCUGUAUUCGUUUGCACAGGCGGAAGCGGCCACGGUGCCAAAUUUUUACCAGUUUUGGGAGAGCAUGCAGCAGAUAUCCUGGAAAAUGCCGACCAAAGCUCAUCUUUCAUGCGCCCAUUUUGGCGCUGGCGGCCCGAUGCGCCGCGAAGGAAUGGCCUUGAAGAAGGCCCUGGUGGACCGCGAGAUAUUUCACACAAAUAG